AACCCGCGCUCCUAGCAACCAGUCUCCAGCGCCCCGCCCACUGGAUCGGAAUGAGGCUAUCCAUUGGUCGAAGGCUGAGUGAGGACGGCCUGUGGUUUGUUCGUCGGUGAUGUCAAUCAAUCUGAAGAGCUGGCGGGGAGGACAGUAUUGAUCAUGACUUCCACAAAGGAGCAGGCAGCCAUCAGCAGACUGAUGGGUUUCUUGCAGGAAUGGGACAAUGCUAGCAAAGCUGCUCGUAGCCACAUUCUGGGCAAUUUCAUUAAAACAAAUCAAGGAAAGACAGGACCAGAGUUGGAGCUGGAAUUCUCACAGGGAGCCAGCUUGUUUCUGACCCGCCUAACAUCAUGGCUGAGGCUGACCUACAUGUAUGGAAUAUACCUAGAUCAGCAGCUAAAGUCCAUUGGCAUCUUUUUGUCAGCUGCAAGUAGCCACAAGUAUCUUAUUGAAUUUCUGGAGGUUGGAGGUGUCCUGACUCUCCUGGAAAUACUAGGGCUGAACCAACUGAAGGAAGAGGACAAAAGGGAGUCAAUAAAGCUACUCCAACUCGUAGCAAACGCUGGCAGGAAGUAUAAGGAGCUCAUUUGUGAAAGUUAUGGUGUGCGAUCAAUAGCUGAGUUUUUGGCCAAUUCCAAGUCAGAAGAGACUCAAGAACAAGUGCAAAUUCUGUUGGACUCUUUAGGCCAUGGCAAUCCCAAGUAUCAGAACCAGGUAUACAAAGGCCUGAUUGCUUUGCUGCCAUGCACAUCCCCCAAAGCCCAACAGCUGUCUCUGCAGACACUCAGGACUGUGCAGGUGAUCGUGGGAGCAGCCCAUCCCAGCAUUGUGGAUGCUGUGUUGGGUGUGCUGAGCUCUAUGCACUUGGAAGUUCAGUAUGAAGCCAUUCAGCUGAUAAAGGAUCUCAUGGCCUAUGAAGUCCGGCCAGUGCUGCUGAAGGGUCUGGUUGAAUUACUUAUAACACCGGGGAAAGAGACUGCUCAAGUGAAAGGCAAAGCACUGGAAGACCCAGCCACACUCCAUCUUCCUGAGCGCUUGUCGGUGUAUAUACAGCAAGCUGCUGCAGCAAAAGCCAUCGGCAUUCUAGCCAAGGACUCAACAAAACUGGCCGAAGAGAUGAUCCAGCUGGGAGUGGUGCAUGGCCUUAUGUGUGCUAUGGGGAACCAGGAUCAUACCACCUCCCAGAGACAGGCCAGCAUCACUCUAGAGUAUUUUGUCCGGACAUUUCCCAUUGUGGAGGAACAUGUGAGGAAGGCAACAGGAGAGACUCUGUUCCAGCUUUUUAUGGGAGAUGCCAAGACCUUGUACAUGAACAUGGAUGCAGUACAGAUUGAUAUUCUGACAUCGAAUAAAGUGAACAUCCCAGGAAGUUUAUCAAGCCCAGAAGGGAUGCCACACAUGGAAGAGGAAGGAAGCACAGAAUGAAAACGUCAAACAGAAUGAGGUCAGCUCCUCUGUCCUGCCUCCCUCCCCCACUGCUUCCUCCUGGGCCGUGCCCCUCUCUAGAGCCCUGCAAAUCUGCAGGUAUCUGCUUUACAUCCGUGGACCAUUUCUGCAGAUAGCAGAGCGGAUGCAGAUUCAAAUUUUGUAUCCGUGCAGGGCUCUGAUGGUAAGAGCUGGGCAGGCAGCUGUGAGGAACCACAGCACAGAUCCACCACCUGCCCCGGGCAGGGUAACUGGGGGACAGGGACACUAGACCAGGGGCUGCUUGGGCCCUCCACCGAAGGCAGGUGGAGGGUCUGCUGCAGCUCCCAGCAUGGCUCUCCCCAACCCGCCGGGGGCAGCUUGGAGAUGCAGCCCGACCACAGUAAGAGCUGGGUGGGCAGUUGUAGGGAGCUGUGGAGGACCCGCCACCUGCCCUGGGCAUGGAGCCAAGCAGCCCCCUGCCCAGUGUCCCUGCCCCCCAGGCCACCUGCCCAGGAUCAGUGUCAAAUUGUUUUCCAGUUUCCUUUUGAAAUUUAUGUCUUUUUGCUGAGUUUAAGACAGUUGCCAGUUUUGUGAGAUCCUUUUGUA